GCAUGCGAGUCACGUCCGCCCCCUCGCCGCGGCCGCCCCGAGACGCCGGCCCCGCCGAGUGAUGAGAACAGACGUCAAACUGCCUUAUGAAUAUUGAUGCGGAGGCUAGGCUGCUUUCGUAGAGAAGCAGAAGGAAGCAAGAUGGCUGCCCUUUAGGAUUUGUUAGAAAGGAGACCCGACUGCAACUGCUGGAUUGCUGCAAGGCUGAGGGACGAGAACGAGGCUGGCCAACAUUCAGCAGCAGACCCUCCCGAGACUGUCAGUCGCCCUUGCUCCUGUUGAGCUGCCACAUGUGGAAGCAGGAGAUGGGCUCAGCAGCAGCCAGCAGGCCAUGAUCCAGGAGGAGCAGUGAGGGGCAGAGCUGCUGGAUUCAUUCAGAGGGCAGCCUUGUGGAUGGCCCCGAAGCAAGCCUGAUGGAACAGGACAGAACCAACCAUGUUGAGGGCAACAGACUAAGUCCAUUCCUGAUACCAUCUCCUUCUCCUGUUUGCCAGACAGAACCUCUGGCUAUAAAGCUCCAGAAUGGAAGCCCAUUAACUGAGAGACCUUAUUCAGCAGUAAAUGGAGACACCAAGUGGCAGUCUUUCAAAAGUUACUAUGGAAUACCCCACAUGAAGGGAAGCCAGAACAGUCGUGCGAGUCUAGACUUUGUACAAGAAGGUAGAGGGUAUUCCAGAUGUUUGCAGAAUGGAGGGAUAAAACGCACAGUUAGUGAACCGUCUCUCUUUGGGCUCCAUCAGAACAAGAAACUGAAACAAGACCAAAAGGCUAAUGGAGAAAGAAUGAACUUCGGGGAAAGCCAAGAAAGAAAUCCAGUCAAAGGCAGCAGUCAACCAAACGUCUCCGAUGUGAGUGAGAAGAGAGAAUCUGUGAGCUCUGUAGCCCAGGAAAAUGAAGUGACAGGUCUCACCAGUUUUCCAGCACAUAACUGCAGUGGGUCUGAAAAUCCAGAGCUUCAGGUUCUGAGUGAGCAGGAGGGGAGAGAUGUUAACUACCAUGACAAGAAUAUUGUAUUACUUCUUAAAAACACGGCAGUGCUAAUGCCUAAUGGUGCUACAGUUUCUGCCUCUUCCAUGGAAAACACACACGGUGAACUCCUGGAAAAAACACUGUCUCAAUAUUAUCCAGAUUGUGUUUCCAUUGCGGUGCAGAAAACCACAUCUCACAUACAUGCCAUUAACAGUCAGGCUACUCAUGAGUUGUCCUGUGAGAUCACUCACCCAUCGCAUACCUCAGGGCAGAUCAAUUUCCCACAGACCUCGAACUCUGAGCUGCCUCCAGAGCCAGCUGCAGUGGUGGCCGAGGCCUGUGAUGCUGACAGUGUCAGUAAACCGGCUGCAGUGCUGGCUACCUGUCCCUUUCAGAAACCAGAACAGCAAAAUGCAGUUUUUGAGACCUGCCCAGCUCCGGCAGAAAAUGGUAACAUCCCAGGAACCACACAGCUAGCAUCUGGUGAAGAACUCUGUUCAGGUUCCAGCAGCAAUUUACAGGCUCCUGGUGGCAGCUCUGAACGGUAUUUAAAGCAAAGUGAAAUAAAUGGUGCUUACUUCAAGCAAAGCUCAGUGUUCACUAAGGAUUCCUUUUCUGCCACUACCACACCACCACCACCAUCACAACUGCUUCUUUCUCCCCCUCCUCCUCUCCCACCGUUUCCUCAGCUUCCUUCAGAAGGAAAAAGCACUCUGAAUGAUGGAGUUUUGGAAGAACACCAUCACUACCCCAACCAAAGUAACACAACUCUUUUAAGGGCAGUGAAAAUAGAGGGUCAGCCUGAGGCACCACCAUCCCAGAGUCCUACUCCAUCCACACACAUAUCCAGCUCCUCUCUGAUGCUUCCAGAAAGGCCUCAGAAUAAUUGUGUUAACAAGAAUGACAUAUGGACUCCAGGGACAAUGACCGUUCCAUCGUGUUCUGAGAAAACAAGACAAGUGUCAGAACAUCUCAAGCAUAACCCACCAGUUCCUGGUAGCAGAGGAGAUCCACAAGACCACUGCCAGCCGAUGACGGGACACAAAGAGCAAGAGAUCCUCAAGGGUCGAGGUGAAGAACAAACACGAGACCCUGUGCUCCCAACACAGUCCUAUCUGAAACCGGGAUGGAUUGAAUUGAAGGUCCCUCGCUAUCAUCAAGCAGAGUCCCAUCCAAAAUGUAAUGAGACAUCCCUGCGGUCAAUUCUUCAGUAUCAGUCCAACGCCUCCAAUCAAAUGACCUCCAAACAAUACACUGGAAAUUCCAACACGCCUGGGGGCCUCCCAGGGCAGGCUUAUAUCCAGAAAAUAAUGCAACCAGAGCAGAGGCCACAAAGGUACCAAGUUGAGAUGAAUCAAGGGCAGUCUCAAGGUACAGUGGACCAGCCUCUCCACUUCCAAAAACCCUCACUCCAGGUGCACUUCUCCAAAACAGACCCUUCACCUGAAUCUCACAGGCAGUCACUGUGUGCCCCAAGAUUUCAUAUUCAGCAAAGACCAGAAUUCCAAAGUGAGGAACUCAUGGCCCCAACAUUCAAACAACACUUAAAUCAACAGGCUUCAGAGACUGAGCCAUUCUCAAACUCACACCUUCUGCAUAAGCCUCAGAAGCAGGCAGCACAAACACAACCAUCCCAGAAGUCACCCCUCUCUCAAAGCCAGCAACAGCAGCAAACAUUACAGAUAAAGAAUAAAGAACAAAUGCCCCAGACUUUUUCACAUCCCCAAGGCAACAGUGAUCAGCAAAGAGAAGGAUCAUUCUUCAGCCAGGUUAAAGUAGAAGACUGCUUUCGUGGUGAAAAUCAAUAUUCGAAAUCAAAUGAGUUCCAGACUCGUAGUACCCAAAUGGGACUGGAGCAAGUACAGAAUAUGAAGAGUAGAAAUUCCCCCUACGGUCAGAUCUUGAAAUCAAAUGCAAGCAAAGUGCAGAUUUCUUGUUUGAACAAGACACACCUCGUUCCAGAGAAUAAAGAACAGGCUAUACAUUCUGAACUCUUUGCAGGAAACAAGACCCAAAACUUGCAUCACAUGCAGUACUUUCCAAAUAAUGUGACCCCAAAGCAAGACAUUCUUCACAGGUGCUUCCAAGAACAAGAACAGAAACCUCAGCAAGCUUCAGCUCCACAGGGACACAAAAGCAGAAACCAAGAUGUGUCUGCUCAACAAGCUGCACAACUCGCUCAGCAAAGGUACCUGGUGCAAACCCAAGCAAACGCGUUCCCUGUGCCCAGUCACGUGGGAAGUCACAUUCAGACCCCGCCCCAGAAGGACAUUCAAAAGCACGCUGCUCUAAGGUGGCACCUCUUGCAGAAGCAAGAACAGCAGCAAAUACAGCAACUCCAAACAGAGUCUGGCCACAAUCAGAUGCACAGGCCAAUUAAGGUCGAACCUGGGUCCAAGCCCCAAGCCUGUAUGCGCCCUAUGUCAGCACAGCCAGAAAACAAAACAUGGAAAAAGAUGCCAAAGCAAGAGAUUCCACCUCCAAGCUGCGAUAAUGUGCAACAAAAGAGCAUCCUUGAGACCAUGGAGCAGCAUCUGAAGCAAUUUCAGGUCAAAUCAUUAUUUGACCAUAAGGCUCUUACUCUUAAAUCACAGAAGCAAGUAAAAGUUGAAAUGUCCGGGCCAGUCACGGUUUUAACUACACAAACCCCUGCUGCAGAACUUGAGAGCCACACCCCAGCUUUAGAGCAGCAAGCAACGCCUUCUUCAGAAAAGACACCAACCAAAAGAACAGCUGGUUCUGUUCUCAAUAAUUUUUUAGAGUCACCUUCCAAAUUACUAGAUACUCCAAUAAAAAAUUUAUUGGAUACACCUGUCAAGACCCAGUAUGAUUUCCCAUCGUGCAGAUGUGUAGAGCAAAUUAUUGAAAAAGAUGAAGGUCCUUUUUAUACCCAUCUAGGAGCAGGUCCUAAUGUGGCAGCUAUUAGAGAAAUCAUGGAAGAAAGGUUUGGACAGAAGGGUAAAGCUAUUAGGAUUGAAAGAGUCAUCUAUACUGGUAAAGAAGGCAAAAGUUCUCAGGGAUGUCCUAUUGCUAAAUGGGUGGUCCGCAGAAGCUGCAGCGAGGAGAAGCUACUGUGUCUGGUGCGGGAGCGAGCUGGCCACACCUGUGAAGCUGCGGUGAUUGUGAUUCUCAUCCUGGUGUGGGAAGGAAUCCCACUCUCUCUGGCUGACAAACUCUACUCCGAGCUUACCGAGACGCUGAGGAAAUAUGGCACGCUCACCAACCGUCGGUGUGCCCUGAAUGAGGAGAGAACCUGUGCCUGCCAGGGGCUGGACCCAGAGACCUGUGGUGCCUCCUUUUCUUUUGGUUGUUCAUGGAGCAUGUACUACAAUGGAUGUAAGUUUGCCAGAAGCAAGAUCCCAAGAAAAUUUAAGCUGCUUGGGGAUGACCCAAAAGAGGAAGAGAAACUGGAGUCUCAUUUGCAAAACCUGUCCACUCUUAUGGCACCAACAUACAAGAAACUUGCACCCGAUGCGUAUAAUAACCAGAUUGAAUAUGAACACAGAGCACCAGAGUGCCGUCUGGGUCUGAAGGAAGGCCGUCCAUUCUCAGGGGUCACUGCAUGUUUGGACUUCUGUGCUCAUGCCCACAGAGACUUGCACAACAUGCAGAACGGCAGCACGUUGGUAUGCACCCUCACUAGAGAAGACAAUCGAGAAAUUGGAGGAAAACCAGACGAUGAGCAGCUCCACGUUCUGCCCCUCUACAAAGUCUCUGACGUGGAUGAGUUUGGGAGUGUAGAAGCUCAGGAGGAGAAGAAACGAAAUGGUGCCAUUCAGGUCCUGAGUUCUUUUCGGCGCAAAGUCAGGAUGUUAGCGGAGCCGGUCAAGACAUGCCGACAAAGGAAGCUAGAAGCCAAGAAAGCUGCAGCUGAGAAGCUUUCCUCUCUGGAGAACAGCACAAGCAAGAGUGAAAAGGAAAAGUCAGCCUCAUCUCGUACAAAACAGAUAGAAAACACAAGCCAGGCUAAACAGUUGGCAGAACUUUUGCGACUUUCAGGACCAGUCAUGCAGCAGCCCCAGCAGCCCCAGCCGCCCCAGCCGCCCCAGCCGCCCCAGCCCCAACUACAGAAGCAAGUCCCGCAGCUACCAAAGCAGCUACCCCAGCUGCAGCAACCCCAGCAACAGCAGCCACAUCCCCCCUUAACUAGUAACCCUCAGUCAGAGUCUGUCAACUCUUACUCUUCUUCUGGAUCCACCAAUCUAUACAUGAGACGGCCCAAUCCAGUCAGUCCUUAUCCAAGCUCUUCACACACUUCAGAGAUAUAUGGAGGCGCCAAGCCUAUGAACCUCUAUUCCACCUCAUCCCAAGCUGCAAGUUCAUAUCUGAAUUCGAACCCCAUGAGCCCCUACCCUGGGCUUUUGAACCAGAAUAACCAGUAUCCAUCAUAUCAAUGCAACGGAAACAUAUCAGUGGACAGUUGCUCCCAGUAUCUGGGUUCCUAUUCUCCCCAGUCUCAGCCCGUGGAUCUAUAUAGGUAUCCAAACCAGGACCCUCUGUCUAAGCUAAAUCUACCACUUUACCAGCCGAGGUUCGGAAAUAGCCAGAGUUUUACUUCUAAGUACUUAGGUUACGGAAACCAAAAUAUGCAAGGAGAUGCCUUCAGCAGUUGUACUGUUCGACCAAAUGUGCACCACGUAGGGGCAUUUCCUCCUUAUUCCACUCAUGAGAUGGACGGCCACUUCAUGGGAGCCGCCUCCAGAUUACCACCCCACGCCACCACCCCCUUGAAGAACCCCAACAGGAAUCACCCCACCAGGAUCUCGCUCGUCUUCUACCAGCACAAGAGCAUGAAUGAGCCGAAGCACGGCUUGGCGCUCUGGGAAGCCAAAAUGGCCGAGAAGGCCCGCGAGAAAGAGGAAGAGUGUGAGAAGUACGGCCCAGACUACGUGCCUCAGAAAACCCAUGGCAAGAAAGUGAAGCGGGAGCCCACUGAGCCGCAUGAGCCUUCCGAGCCCACGUACCUGCGCUUCAUCAAGUCCCUCGCCGAAAGGACCAUGUCCGUGACCACAGACUCCACAGUAACGACAUCUCCAUAUGCCUUCACUCGGGUCACAGGGCCUUACAACAGAUAUAUUUGAUGUCGCCCCUCGGGUUGGUUACCUCAUUUGAAAAGACCACAACCAGCCUAUCCGUAGUGUAGUUCUCAUGACGCAGGCAGUGGGGAAAGGACACAGUGUUCCUGACAAAUGUGGGGGGAAGAACCUCUGCUCACCAGCGCAAAAAGAGGUCCUCUCACCAUAGCACUUAAUUUCCCCUGACUCCUAAGUGGUCACAGAUGGAAUCUAGGCAAAAGACCAAAGCAUUCUAUGCAAAAUGAAGGUGGAGAAAAAAGUGUUCCACAAUUUACAUUGUUAAACACUGGUUCUGUUAUUGGAUGAGAUGAUACAUAAAUGUGAUUCCCCUCCCCUUACAACUCUACACAUCUGUGACCACUUUUAAUAAUACCAAGUUUGCAUAGUCAUGGAAAGCAAAUCAAACAAGUACUGUAUUAUUACAGGGGCAGGAAUCUUAAAAUACCAUCUGGUGCUGAAUAUAUGAUAUACUGAAAUACUGGAAUCAUGGCUUUUUAACAUGCAGUUUUUACUGUAAUCUUAAUAUUAACUUUUAUUUAUCAAAAUAGCUACAGGAAGCAUAAAUGGACAGCGAAACACUGAAUUUGUUUGGAUGUUCUAAGAAAUGGUGCUAAGAAAAUGGUGUCUUUAACAGUUGAAAAUUUAAUGCCUUUGUAUCAUCAAGAUGCUACCAGUGUACUCCAAUGCCCUUGAAUAAUGGGGGUACCUUUUCAUUCAAGUUUUUAAUCAUAAUUACUUAUUCUUACAUGAGCUUAGUUUUUAAAAUGUGGACAUUUUAAAGGCCUCUGGAUUUUGCUCAUCCAGUGAAGUCCUUGUAGGACAGUAAACGUAUAUAUGUACAUAUAUACACAUAUGUAUAUGUGCACAAACAUGUAUAUGUAUAAAUAUUUUAAAUGGUGUUUUAGAAGCACUUUGUCUACCUAAGCUUUGACAACUUGAACAAUGCUAAGGUACUGAGACGUUUAAAAAAAAAGUUUACUUUCAUUUUAGGAUGCAAAGUUGAUUUUUUUAAGGAAACAAGGAAAGCUUUUAAAAUAUUUUUGCUUUUAGCCAUGCAUCUGCUGAUGAGCAACGUGUCCAUUUUUAAUAUAGCCAGUUACAUCCAAAAAUGGGGCUUACUGGAUUCAAGGGAAUACGUUAGUCCACAAAACAUGUUUUCUGGUGCUCAUCUCACAUGCUAUACUGUAAAACAGUUUUAUACAAAAUUGUAUGACAAGUUCAUUGCUCAAAUAUGUAGGUUGUAAGAACUGUCUAUUAGCAGCAGGUAAUAACCGCAUGCUACAGACUCAUCAAAGCUAGUUCACUUAAGCCAGCGCUAUUGUAUAGAUCUGUGUGCUCUUCAGCAAACUGAAUGGCAGUCUGCCUUUUGCUGAUAAUUGUACAUUGUGAUGUUGUCAUUCCUUAGCUUAAGUGUCCUCGUUACCAGGAAGAUUGAGCAGACUGAUGCCUGCGUAAGAUGAGUAUAAACAGGGUUAGUUCCAUGUGAAUCUGUUAAUUAAAAAGGAAAAAAAAAACAAAAACAGGCAGCUGGUUUGCUGUGGUGGUUUUAAAUCAUUAAUUUGUAUAAAGAAGUGAAAGAGAUGUAUAGUAAGUAAAUUAAAUUGUAAACAAAACUUUUUUAACGCAAUGCUUUAGUAUUUUAGUACUGUAAAAAGAAAUUAAAUAUAUACAUAUAUAUAUAUAUAUGGAUUUGAAGCAGAAUUCACAUCAUGAUGGUGCUACUCAGCCUGCUACAAAUAUAUCAUAAUGUGAGCUAAGAAUUCAUUAAAGGUUUGAGUGAUGUUCCUACUUGUCAUAUACCUCAACACUAGUUUGGCAAUAGGAUAUUGAACUGAGAGUGAAAGCUUAUAGCAUUGUGUACCAUCAUUUUUUUCCAAGUCUUUUUUUUAAUUAUUAUUAAAAAAAAAUACCUUUUUUCGAUACUUGAUUUCUUAGCAAGUAUAACUUGAACUUCAACUUUUUUGUUCUAAAAAUUCAGGGAUAUUUCAGCUCAUGUUCUCCUUAUGCCAACAUGUCACCUGUGUUUAUGUAAAAUUGUUGUAGGUUUAAUAAAUAUAUUUUUUUCAGGGAUUUAACCCUUUUAUUUCAAAUCCCUCCUAUUUUACUUGUAUAUGUCCUGAUGUAACUAAAACUAAUUUUGUAAAUCUGUUGGCUCUUUUUAUUGUAAAGAAAAGCAUUUUAAAAGUUUGGAGAAUCUUUUGACUGUUUCAAGCAGAAAAAAAUUACAUGAAAAUAGAAUGCACUGAGUUGAUAAAGGGAAAAUUGUAAGGCAGGAGUUUGGCAAGUGGCUGUUGGCUAGAGUCUUCAACUCUCUAAAUAAAGAUGUCUUGAUCCUGUAAUCAGUACAGGUACAGAUCCACGAGGACUUCCCUACACAGGCAGAACACUUAGGGGUAUGGUGUGCAAUCGACUGUACAGCUACAUCUUGGUCUAGGUUCAUUUCUGCUUACUAAUCUUUCAAAUAAAUCCUUAAUCAAAGCAGGACUUUGAGUUUUAUUGGUCAGAUCUUUAUAACAUGGCUUUUGUCUUAAAAAAUCCUCCCAUUUUUGGCUGUGACCAGUUUACAAACAUUUCAAAAAUGUUUGCUUUGAAUAUGUCAAACUGCAUGAUUUUAAUAUUUUGCCUAUGCCAUAUAUCUAACCCCAAAUAUUUGGUUACUACAUGCACAUUAGUCGGUUUUGAGUCAGCCACCCUAUAUGAAUGGAUAUUUGGUUUCUGUAUCAUCCACUGUCAUCUGUCAAACUGCUGGCCAACAAGAGCAGGAAAUAUAGUUUGGGGGAGGUUGAGGAGAGGUUAGGUAGGGAGGAGGAGAGGAAGUUGAGUGGCAUAUUGUAAAUAUCAGAUCUAUAACUGUAAAUAUCAAACCUGCCUCAGUUAGAAUGAAUGGAAAGCAGAUCUCCAAUUUGCUUAUAUAGGAAUAUCAGGUUGACUAUAUAGCCAUACUUGAAAAUGCUUCUGAGUGGUGUCAACUUUACUUGAAUGAAUUUUUCAUCUUGAUUGACGCACAGUGGUGUACAGCUCACUUCUAAAGCUAGUGGUUAACUUGUGUAGGAAACUUUUGCAGUUUGACACUAAGAUAAUGAACUCUGUGUGCAUUUUUCUAUGCUUUUUUUUUUAAAAAACUUAGUUUCAUUUCAUUUUCAUCAGAUGUUUGAUUUGUCUAUAAAAAUCGGAUGGUUAUAAAUACUGUAAGUAUUGUAAUGUUAUGAAUGCCGGUUAUUUGAAAGCGUUUAUUAUUAUAUCAUUCCUGAUAACGCUAUGUGAGUGUUUUUAAUAAAAUUUAUAUUUAUUUAAUGCA